CACAUCUUGAAGAUGUAAAAUAAGUUUGGGAAAAAUUGGUGGUAGGCUGCAAAAGACAGGAAAAAUUUUCUCCUACUACGAUUAACCUUUCUCCUACUACGAUUAACAGUUAAGAUGGAACAUCAAGAAAAAGCACCAGAAGGCAAUCUCACUAAAUUGAUGGAAUUUGUUCUCCUGGACUUUGCUGAUGUUCCUCAUCUCCAGAAGUUUUUAUUUGGACUGUUCUUACUCAUCUAUAUAAUUAUCUUGAUGGGCAAUGGCAUCAUAGUUCUGAUAACAAAACUAGACCCUGCUCUCCAGACCCCCAUGUAUUUUUUCCUUGGCAAUCUUUCCCUUUUGGAAAUCCGUUACGUGUCUGUUACACUCCCCAGAAUGCUCACAAGUCUUGGGACACAAAGAAGAACGAUUUCUCUGGUUGCUUGUGCCACACAAAUGUGCUUCAUCAUUACACUCGGAGCCACCGAGUGCUUCCUUCUGGCCGUGAUGGCCUGUGAUCGCUACGCGGCCAUCUGUAGCCCUCUGCGCUAUCCUCUAGUUAUGAACCCCAAGGUGUGUGUCCAGCUAGCAGCUGGCUCCUGGAUCAGUGGAAUCCCAAUCCAAAUAGGCCAGACAUGCCAGAUUUUCUCUCUGCCCUUCUGUGGUUCUAACCUCAUAAACCACUUCUUCUGUGACACCCCUCCCAUACUCAAGCUGGCCUGUGGGGACACUUUCCUGACUGAACUGUUGGUCUUCACAGUUGCUGCGCUGUUUGUUUUGGUUCCAUUUCUGUUGAUACUCGUCUCCUACGGCAAAAUCAUCUCCACAAUCCUUAAAUUGCCAUCAGCCACGAGUCGGGGCAAAGCCCUUUCCACCUGCUCAUCUCAUCUUAUGGUUGUGGCCUUGUUCUUCGGCUCAGCCAUUGUCACAUAUUUAAGACCCAAGACGCAGGGCUCAGCAGGAACUGACACAGUGCGUUCCCUGUUCUACACGAUUGUGACGCCUGUGUUUAACCCCAUGAUGCACAGUCUGAGGAACAAGGAGGUCAUGACGGCCCUGAGAAAGUGGCCAGGUAGACACCUUAGUUCAUGGAAAAAGUGACUUGUGUUUCAGAACUUGAUUUCUUAUAUGUGUGUUACAAAUUUUCAACAGAUAUUUACCUUAAAUUCAAUUUAUCUGUCUAUAAAGUGGUAGUUAUUACCAAAAUAAAAAUUACUGUAACACUGAGAAACCUUUCUGUCUCCAGUUAUACAGUAGUGUAUGGGUCAACAAAUAGCAAAUCAUUUGCUUGGGAAUUCUAUAACCUUAUUGUGAAAUGUUCUUUUGUAGUAAGAGCUUUAGACAAGAACUGCUAUAAGAGGCCCAGUUGUAAUACAGACUCAGUUAUAUCACUUAUU